AUGGCUGAUUUUUGUAGUCUCGCUCGACUCCCAGCAAUCCUUGACAGUCAAGCCGUCGAAGCGCCUCUCGGGGCUCAACUGGCCGUCUCCGCAGAAUGGAUCGCUCAGAAGGAAAAACUCGAGCUCUUGCUCAAACAACAUACUGGAGCGAGCGUCGUCAAAGCCCUCAAUGUCUUUGCUAAAAUCGUCGAUACUCUAGAACUCUAUGCCCCAGUGCUCAAGGGACUGCAAGAGGUGCAUGCCUACGUCUGCGACAAGCUCGAAGGCUUGGUGUUCGAUGAGCGAUUCGGGGAGAAUCAUCUCCUAGCUGCCGCAUACAUCUACGGUCAAGCGAUGGCUAUGUCGCCUCUCACCACCGAGGCUAUCGGUUUGGCGAUUGAAAAUCUCUUGCUACGAGGCGACCCCCGCUCAUCUAGUCUUGCUCUGGCUAUACUCCUUGGCGUCGACAGGUCAAAUCACCUUUUAUUCGAACUCAAACUCUCUAUUCUCCUGGAGCAAGUUCAAGUACUCGCUUUUGCCAGUCGAGACAAGUUGGUCUCUCGUACGGCACUUUUACGCGGAAUGCAGCUAUAUUCCCCUGAACGACUUUCAUCGCAGUAUGUGCUCCAGGCAACUCACCGCCUACUUCGAGAUAGCCUUAGUUUGUGUUCGGACGCCAUGGCGAUGCACGAAGGUGUCAUCUGGGCUUGCUUCAUCAUCGAGAACAUGCCAAUGGCUCUGAGGCUCGACCUGCGCAAGAGCUUCUCAGACACAUGCGACCCCAUCAUCAUUUUCGAUAUCCUACAGACUACUUUUGAAUACGUUUCAAGCGAGGCUCAGGUCGCUCUCUGCCGGGCCUUGCCUAUCCUCAUCAAUUGGGAUUCAACCAGAUUCGACACGGACAUUCAGGUCGAUAAGGUCGUCUAUUUCAUGCUUGGUUUGCCUUCCAACAGUCGAUCAGAGGCUAUGCAUGGACUUGGACUUCUUGCUCUGACACUCCUUGAUAGAUUCGAACCUUUCCUUGAUGUCGUCGGACCCAUGGCGCUAGGAGUGUUGAACGAACAUAAGCGGCCGAAGGAUCAACGUGCUGCUCAGCUACUACUGAAUCGACUGUUGGCCGCUCUAGGCCCCAUCGCCUUGAGUACGAUGAUCGAGUAUCUGCAUUGCAAACCUUCUAUCCUCUUGGCCGAUGUGGCCUUGUUGGAGCAAAUUGCUACCUUGCUGCCAAAUUUGGCUCGGAAGACCAUCCAGAUCAUGACGGACAUUAUCGACGACCUCAUCUCGGGCAAGCCGUGCUCAUGUCAGUCGCUCACACAUGAGGCGGUCUUGGCUGCACUAAGUGUCUUUCCACUUGGAGAUGCACAACUAGCACGCCGAGCUCAAAAUCUGGUCAUCUGGAGUCUGGAUGAAGAGAAGGACAGCAACGUCGUUAUGGCCGCCCUGCCCCUCGUAACCGAUCCCAACAUUGCUGAACCACGUGUGAUGCGGACUCUGACAUUCAAAACAGCCCAGUUGUUGCUGGCCGAUGUGCAUUACGCACUAAACGUCCUUUCUAAUCCCGCUUUAGCCAGCAUGCUCGACGAGAGAUCCUGCAGUAUGAUCCUUCUAGCGUUACAUCAAAGUCUAGAGCCGAGCAUCCAAAUUGUGGCUGCCAAACUGCUCACUCACCUCGCUACUGCUCAUCGAGCGAUCGUACAGCCAUUGGCGUGGAGUCAUAUCCGUCAAAGUUUGGGACUGAUGGAUUUCUUGACAGAUGUGGAUCCGACCAGAGCCAUCAUCGAGGCGUGUAUCAUCAGCAAUUUACUCCUCGCCCUCCCCCAAAGCCUUCACCAGAAAUACGUGGAACCCGUCAAGACUCUUAUUCUCUCCGGUCUUCACAGACCACACGAAGGUCACGUCCUCUCUCUCACGUUUCAAGGGUUGGCCAAUCUGGCGAAAGUGGAAGGAUGGGCUUCUGACCAACAAUCCAAUCUGGCCAUCGAACUCCUUGAAUUGUCCCAAGAAAUUCCGAAAGACUCACAGCAUGCAGCUCUCAAUGCCAUUUCUCGUCUUCUCAGCGUACCACAAGAGGGUAUCGAUGUGUAUAAUCUCCUCGUCGCGGUUCACGCCACAUUCGGAGGUCGACAUGCGAAAUUAGACUCGGAGCUGAAAGCUCUUGCCGCUGGUAUAUAUGGGCACUUAGGGACGGUGGAGCGAAAUCCAGUGAUCAGUAGAGACUCGCGUGCAGCCAUCAAAAGAGAAGAAUCAGUUUACACCACUGAAUCAGUCCUUCAAUCUCAAAUCUCAGAAGCUAGGGAUAAAUAUACUGCCGAAUCCCAAACUCACAUCAAUUGGCUCGUCACCAAAACACUCUUGUCAGCUUUGGGAUCAAAUCAAAAGAUAGUCGCCAAGACAGGACCUUCAGAAGAAAAGUUGCUCACUCUCGAAGUGGCCACAGCAUUCGGGAUCCUUCAACCUCAUGCCGUAUCGGGUCUUUUACCUGAUUUACCAGCUAAAAUCCUUCGAGAAUUGAGAAUGGCAUUGGAACAUGCUAGGAAAGAUCAAGGAAGGAAAGAAGCUGGUAAAGCUGUCCUUCACACUCCAGCCUCGACGGUAGGACCUCUGUUGGUCUACUUUUCCGGUAGUUUGAGGACGAGUAGGAGUUGGUUAUUGGAAUACUGGGGUGAUAUGGCAUCGGUCAUGGCGGAGUGUAUAUGUACUGGUGAUGCUUUACCGGUGUUGAAAGGUCUGGAUGUGAUAUUGGACGCCAUCACUGAUUAG